AAUAGUUUGUUGACAAUUAUCAUAAGUAGACAUAUCGCAAUGGGUUUUGCUUUAUAUUUAUUGAGCUAUGUUUCAAUCCUCGUCCAUAUCUGUUUUGUGACCAUAUCGUUUGCUGCUGGCCUCUAUUACAUAAGUGAAAUAGUUGAAGAAUAUACAGAAAAAGCUAAAAAAGCUAUAAAAUUAAUAACAAUUGUAACGAUAGUAAUCUAUUUGUUGCUGAUUAUAAGUGAAGAAUUCACUUGGACACUGAUUAUCUGUGGUGUACUUGCACAUUUUAUACACUUAGCAAUACUUAGGAAUUUUCCAAAUAUCAAAAUAUUAUCCAUUGAGUUUUGGAGCGCUGUGAUUCUUCUCUUGCUCAAUCAUUAUUUAGCAUAUAAGCAUUUUCAGGAGGUUUACUAUUCAUUGUCGGAGAUUUUAGGAUAUUUUACAUUAUGUCUUUGGCUCGUGCCAUUUUCACUGUUUGUUAGUUUGUCAGCAAAUGAUCAGGUGCUCCCAUCCUAUCAAGAAGUUCCAAGCAAUGAUAAUGACGUUGUGACAAAUUAUUUCUCGUCGAGGAAGCGGCAAAACUUAUUGAAUUUCUUCAAAUCAGCGAAGAGCAGCGUUUUACCAACGAGAAGUAAAAAGUCCUUCUAGUCUUUCAUAAAAGUAAUAAUUUUGUUGUGUGUAAAGUCAUUGAAAGUUGAGAAUUAAAUUUUAAGACACAAAUCACAAAA